AUGAUGGCAGAAGAUUGGAUGGAAUUAAAGAUAGACGCAGAAAGAAACGUAAUGAUUAAACGAGCACAAACUGCGCGAUUGAUUGCAUAUUAUUUUUACGAUACAGAUAAGAGUCCACAAUUUGAAAUCGCGCUUGUGAUUCAAGCUGCGACGAUGUUUCUAGGUGGAAUGACUUAUACCUCGGUAGAUGCUUUUCUUGGACUCUUGAUCCUUCACAUCUGUGGCCAAUUGGAAAACUUCAAACAUCGAUUGACCGAUUUGACAUCGUGCAAGGAUUUUGAUAGCGCUUUGCGUAACAACGUACAAACUCAUCUGCGGAUAAUAAGAUUUGCCAAUAAUAUUGAAGAUACAUUCGCCUUAUUGAUGUUGGGACUAGUAUUUUAUUUUGGUAUUGUAUUUUGUCUAUUCGGAUUUCUAUUUGUUACUGUGAUUACCGGGAACGAGAUAGGUCACAUGUCUCUUACAAGAAUAUACUUUUUAGUGAUUGGAAUCUUUACAUUAUUGGCGCAUACAUUUCUCUAUUGUGGUGCAGGGGAAAUUAUAGCAGAGCAAUGCGAAGCAGUAUACAAUGCAAUUUGCAAUCUUGAGUGGUAUAAAUUGGAACCGAGGAAGAAGAAAUAUCUUAUUUUAUUAAUGAUACGUGCUAAUGAACCUUUUCGUAUUACCGCGGAAAAGAUAUUUCCAUUAACAAUGACCACAUUUUGCAGCCUAUUAAAAACAUCGGCUGGCUACAUAUCAUUUUUACUAGCAAUGCGCGAAAUUGAAUUAUGA